AUGAUACUAAAAAUUGUAUACAAACUAACAUCUGGUCCACCUAAUACAAAUGCAGAUGGAACUGACAAUGGUGGUGGUGGUGGUGGUGAAGAAAAAUCAUUUAAAUUGACAUUUACUAAUAGACCAACCAUGAACACUAUUAAAGAUUCUCUACAAACAAUUGUUGCUAGAUCAAGAACUAGGGUUGAAGGUACCAGUACUCCAACUCCAGCUCCAGCACCAGCUUCAACAUUUGGGUCAGCACCACAAGCUGAUUCUACCAGAGAUUCGACAUCAUCAUCAACACCAAUACCACCUACAACAUCUGGAACUUCUACUAGUUCAUCAUUAUUAUCAUUAGCAGCAUCACAAUCAUUAUCUGAUGCAAAUUUAUUGAAAAAUUUCGAACUACAGCAAAAACUUUUAUUAGAAGAUCGUCAAUUACGUGAUGUUUUCACUAAAUCAGUCAUGCAAUUUAAAUUAUCUCCUCAAGUAUUUUGGUCAUCAAGAUUAAAUCAAUUACGAACAUUUGCUUUGACAAUAUCUCAACAUAAAGGUCCAUAUAAUGUAUUGAGUACAAUUAAACCGGUGGCCACUUCUGAUAAUCAAGUGAAUGUUAAUGUUACGCGUGAUACCAUUAAUGAAAUAUUUACCAUUUACCCCAUCAUAAAGAAAGCAUUUGAUGAUUUGGUUCCUAACAAGUUUAAUGAAGGAGAAUUUUGGUCGAGAUUUUUCAAUUCUAAAUUGUUUAGACGCUUAAGAGGUGAUAAAAUCAGUAUUAGUAAUAGUCGAGGAGAUGUUGUAUUGGACAAAUAUUUGUAUAUAGAUCAAAACUAUCAAGAAAAAUUACAAAAAUCAUCUACUUUGGAAAACAACGGUUCUGGUUCUGGUGGUGGUGGUGGUGGUGGUGGUAGUGGUAAUUCAGAACAAGGAAUACAAACAUUGGAAUCUCCACAUGUUAAAAAAUUUCUUGAUUUGAUGGGAAAUCAACAAGAUAAUUCACAAAAAUUGGGGAAUAGACCAGAUUUUACUAUGAGAUAUGAUGAAGACACAAAUUUAGAUGAUGAUAAUAAAAAACCUACUUUAGGAAAUGAAAAUGAAAUGAUUAUAUUGAUGAAAAAUAUGAAUCGAUUAUCGUCGAAAAUGAUGAGUAUGAGUUCUACUAAUGGACCAGAGAAACCUUCAGAAACUACAAUUGAUGGAUUAUCUGCUGCUGAAUUGAAUGAAUAUGAAGAAGAAUUAGAUUUGCAUGAUUUAAAUGAUUCAGAAAAUUUACAAUAUAUAAAAUUAAACAUUAAUACUGAUAUUGCCAAGGGAACAAAAUUUGAUUCAUAUGAAGGAUCAAAUACUAAUAACAAGAUUUCUCAAGAUGAAUUACAUAAAUAUUUACAAUCUCAAACUUUCCAAGGACAAAUAGAAUUAACAGAAACUUAUACUUGUAAAAGUGAAGAAAUUGAAAAAACCUCCAUGGAAAUAGCCAUGCUUAUUAAACAAAAUUUCCGAACAUUUAAAUUAAUUAAUAAAGAAAAUGAUAUCACGGGGACAAACAUUGUUCCUAAUUCAUUAAUACAAGAAAUCAUUACUUAUAAUAUUACGAUAGUUGAAUUUUUAUCUCAUUUUUGGAAGAUUUUUUUACAUGGGAAUAAUCCUGGUCAAUUAAAGAAAAUUUUCACCAGUUUGAAAAAUUGUCAAUCUGGUUUAAUAGAAUUAGAAAAUAAAGCGAUUGAUCAAUUCAAAUCUAUGGAUAUAUUACAAAAAAAUCAAAAAUUACAAGAUAAAGUUUUAAAAGAUUUUGCAUCAUGUCUUCAACCCAUGAAAAUAGCAUUAGAUAAAGCAUGUAAUGAAUAUGUUGAAGCAGUAAAGAAAGCUAAACCUGAAUUAAAUGAAAAUGGUAAACGUCCUCUACCAGAGGAGUAA